AUGAUUCUUCUCAAGGUCUUUACGAUGAUCUGGGCUACGGCUAUUACGUUGAUGGACUGUGUUGACGCAGCUCCCAUUGAUUCUCGACAGUUUUAUGCACGCAUGACGAUUGGAUAUCGGACUGUUAGCGCGGAGCAAGCAAGGCAAUACAAUCGGGACGGCAGAAUCAGCUUUGAUGCAGCUAGAGCCUUGGGCAAUCAAAUCGGCGUCGGCGUGUACACUACACCGGGUCCGGGCCAGUGGCCUGGUAACCCCGGAGACUGGUAUUGUCAGAUAACAGCUCGCAAAUCGACCAUGAAGAAGAUCGAUAAACUGUGGAUUCCAAGAGAAUACUGGUGGAACAUCGGCGGAAUGUACGACUAUGCCGAGUCGAACUUUCCGAGCAUUGAUCUCGACUACACAAUGCGCCUCUCUUUAAUCGCUGACUACGAGCAUCUGACCCAGCUUCUGAUCCCAACUUACUUGCUCUCUGGACAUGGCUUGGACUUAAAGGUCACUUGUAAGGAGGAUUGGAGAAGUUUGCCUGAUACCACAGAGGUGGACUACUACUUCUGGCCCAAGGUCCAUGGGACGCCACAGUAG